AUGUCCUGGCUUCUUAAUGGAACACAUCGUGUUAAAGCAACCCAGGACAACACCCCAGGACGGCCUACUUUACAUAAGAUACCUUCUUGGACCGAAUUACAUUUGUUGGUCAGGCGCGGCCUUGGCUCUGGUCAUCAUUCUCUUCGAGAUCUUGACCUUUCCUUGAUUCCGUGGACCAAUCUGCGCAGACUCUCCAUUCUGUGGGAAUAUACCAUCCCAUUAAAUCAAUUCAUACAUGAUAUCGCUCCGAAACUCACCAAGCUCCAGGCGCUGCGGCUCCAUGCUACCCAUCAUCGGCUUUAUCAUCCCGCUUGUCGACAUGAUGUUCCCACGACGGGCCUAUUUGCUGAUGCCCCUAUAGUUCCACCUUUCCGGAUCCCCUUCGAGUUGAUGCGCGAGCUCCGCGACUUGGAAAUUGACGGAAUCUGCAACCACAUUCCGAUCAAUAGGCUAAUUGGUCCCAAACUGCGACGUCUGCGUCUCCAUUGCGAGGACGUGCUAUGGUCCGUGUGCAGUGCAGAGAGCCAAAGGAGCCACAGCGACAUUUUGGUUGCGGCCAAAAUCGCUCCGGACCUGGAACAACUCGAGCUCGAUGUUGGAUACAUACAAAAUCUGUGGCAUCCCACUGCAAUCCCCGGGGUGGAUCUCGACAUGGAACAGUAUGCGUUUUUGAACGCAAUCUGCAAGUUCCGCCGACUACGGUCGCUUCGUCUAUUUCCUCCUUUCGUGCCCAGGGAUUCUCCACGGUACAGCCGGACCGCGAUAAACUGCAUCCCGAUCUCUGAUGAUCAGGCGAUCCGGGUCUUUGAGCAUUUGAGGGCACAACGGUCAUCUCUGCAGACCUUGUCGCUUGCGGCUAUCCCUUCAUUUGUCAACAUCGACACCAUGUGUUGGGAAGUCAAACGACAGGGGGAGAAGACCAUCCUGACGACCAAACACCGCGCGAGGAACUAUCAACACCGACAGGUUUGGAUUGGACAACGAAGGAUAAGUAGCGAGAUCAAAAGAUUCAACACUCCUCGAAAAUACUUGUCGGAUUCGGAAUGCUGGGCCUUGACGCGGAACGAUGUGCAUCACAGCAACCGACGGACGAGAUAA